GAUCUACAAACUUCAGGGUGUAAGUGCUCACGAAACAGGGAAAAUGAAAAGGAAAAAAAAGAAGUCGAUCUCUGAUGCAACAUCAAAAUAAUUGGAGGGGGAAGGAGGGGAGGUUGUGACAGAGGAAGUGAUGGUGUCAUUGACAGGCGCUGAAGUACCUGUAUCAUAACGGAUCCUGUGGAAGAACACACAAAGAUUGUGUUUGAGAGCAGACGAGAAGCUCCAGCCGUCCUGAGCCAUGUCCGUCUCCGACAGCCCUGCGUCCUCCAUCUGUAUGUUUGCGCUCCAUCAUCAGUCGUCCAGCUCUCCGGCCGGCGCUCUGAACCCUGACCCCAGCAGCAUGAGCGGUCAGAUGUCUCAGAUGGACACAGGUGUGUACGGUCAGCCCAUGGUCUUCCCCAAGACUCCAGACGGCCGGAGCAUGGAGCAGAUGAUGGGCUUCGAGCCGUACUCCUCGUGUCUGACCCCCAGCAGCUCUGAACGAGCAGCGCAGCAGAACCAGCAGGAUUUUUCGCAGUUUCUUCUGCCGCCCCCAGCCUCCACCCUGCGGCCGAUGGGACAGAAGCGCGGCCCGAGCAAAGACAGCGUGGAGUACCGUCUGCGUCGAGAGCGCAACAACAUCGCGGUGAGGAAGAGUCGCGAUAAAGCGCGGCGUCGGAUCCAGCUGACCCAGCAGAGGGCGCUACAGCUCCAGGACGAGAACCACAACCUACAGCUGCACAUCCAGCGUCUGUCGCACGAGGUGGAUUCACUCAGACACUAUCUGUCACAGCGCCACCUACAGGCCAGAGAGCAGGACACCGCUGGAGACUGAAGGUUCUGUCAGUUGGGAUUGGCUUUGUGAUUUUUAUUUUUGGAGUUUCAUGUAAAUGUUAUAAUAUCGAACCGUUCGGUAUGGCAUCAAUGGUUCAGCGUGCGCUUCUGAAUUCCAGUUUUGCAUUUGUUGGUUUUAUUUCUCCCAGAAUUGGCUUUGUGUUUGUGCUCAGUAAAUGCUUUCUCAUUUUUAACGUGCAUUUAAAAAAGAGGCACACGCCGAGCAUCUAAACCUGUUUUCCAACAAUAGAAGACAUUAUAACUUGUUUUUACAUCACUCUUCGUUUUGUGAUCUGAUGUGGCUGAAAAUAUAAGCCUGUUCUAUACUGUAACAAAGAAUAGAAAUGGUUAUGAGAUGCCUUGAGCAUUUAGACAUUGUAGUUUGAGGUUUUCUGAUUUGAUUUAAAUAAACGGUCACAUUUUUUGACUCGUGGAAAUUUUUGUGCUUU